AUGCUGUCGUUUCUCUCAAACAGUCUCAACAAUGCGCGCACGACAGUAGCCCAGGUGCUCAACUUUGCCCUGGUGCUGUCGACCGCCUUCAUGCUAUGGAAAGGUCUAUCUGUCGCGUCAGCUUCAAAUUCACCGAUUGUGGUUGUUCUUUCCGGGAGCAUGGAGCCAGCGUUCCAACGAGGUGAUCUUUUAUUCUUAUGGAAUCGAAGCCCUCGAACAGAAGUGGGAGAAGUCGUGGUAUACAAUGUGCGAGGCAAAGAUAUUCCCAUCGUUCACCGUGUCGUCCGAACCUUCCCUGAGAUCGAGGGGAAGGCAAAGAAGGUCGUGAAGGAGGUCACCGCUGAUUCAACGUCAUCUCAUAUGCUUCUCACCAAGGGUGACAACAAUGUUGCCGACGAUACGGAGCUUUACGCCCAAGGUCAAGACCACCUGAACCGCGCUGAGGAUAUUGUAGGGAGUGUAAGAGGGUACAUUCCCAUGGUAGGAUACGUGACGAUCAUGCUCUCGGAAUACCCAUGGCUAAAGUCAGUGCUUCUGGGGAUCAUGGGCUUGAUGGUUGUGCUUCAGCGAGAGUAA